GCCAGAGCAGACGCUGGUCCUGCGCGGAGCCGGUUGCCACUCCCGCCCCGCGCCCAGGGACAGACACCGCUCGGACACAUCUCCAAGCACCGGGUACCGAGCACCGGGCACGCUUUAAGCAGGCGAUGUGAACUGCCCCCCCGCGACAUGGCAGCCUCAGGGGUGCCCAGAAGAUGUGACAUCCUCAUAAUCUACAGCCCGGAUGCAGAGGAAUGGUGCCAAUACCUCCAGGACCUUUUCCUGACCAGUCGGCAGGUCCGCAGCCGGAAGAUGCUGACACACCGGCUGGGCCCCCAGACCUCCUUUUCUGCCGAGGACCUGCACCUCUUCCUGAGCCCCCGCUGCGUGUUGGUGCUGCUGUCUGCAGAGCUGGUGCAGCACUUCUACCAGCCUGCGCUGCUGCCUGUGCUGCAGAGGGCCUUCCAGCCGCCACGACGCGUGGUCAGGCUGCUGUGUGGGGUUCAGGGCAGUGAGGAGGAAUUCUCGCACUUCUUCCCCAACUGGACCCACUGGCAGGAGCUCACCUGUGACGACGAGCCUGAGAUCUACCUGGAGGCCAUGAGGAAAGCCAUUUCUGAAGAUUCUGGCUGUGACUCAGUCACUGACACAGAGCCUGAGGACGAGAAGGUCCUUCCCUACUUGAAGCAGCAGAACUUGCCAACGGAGACUUCACCUGGGAACCUGAUGGUGGUGCAGCCGGACCGCAUUCGCUGUGGGGCAGAAACCACUGUCUACGUCAUUGUGAGAUGUAAGUUGGAUGAGAAGGUGGCAACAGAAGCAGAAUUUUCUCCUGAGGAUUCUCCGUCCAUAAGGGUGGAAGCCACUCUGGAGAAUGAGUACACGGUGUCCGUGAAGGCUCCCCACCUUUCAUCGGGGAACGUUUGUCUGAAGAUAUAUUCUGGGGACUUAGUGGUGUGUGAAACUAUUAUAAGCUAUUAUACUGACAUGGAAGAAAUUGGGAAUUUAUUGUCCAAUGCUGCAAAUCCUGUGGAGUUCAUGUGUCAGGCCUUUAAAAUUGUGCCCUACAACACAGAGACCCUGGAUAAACUGCUCACCGAGUCCCUGAAGAACAACAUCCCUGCAAGCGGACUACACCUCUUUGGAAUCAACCAGCUGGAAGAAGAAGAUAUGAUGACAAAUCAGAGGGACGAAGAGCUGCCCACCUUGUUGCAUUUUGCUGCAAAGUAUGGGCUGAAGAACCUGACCGCCUUGCUGCUCACAUGCCCAGGAGCCGUGCAGGCAUACAGUGUGGCCAACAAGCAUGGCCACUACCCCAAUACCAUCGCCGAGAAGCAUGGCUUCAGGGACCUGCGGCAGUUCAUCGAUGAGUAUGUGGAGACUGUAGACAUGCUGAAGAGUCAUAUUAAAGAGGAGCUGAUGCACGGGGAGGAGGCCGAGGCUGAUGCCGUGUACGAGUCCAUGGCCCACCUGUCCACAGACCUGCUCAUGAAAUGCUCCCUCAACCCCGGCUGUGACGAAGAGCUGUAUGAGUCCAUGGCUGCCUUCGCCCCUGCGGCCACUGAAGACCUCUAUGUUGAAAUGCUUCAGGCCAGUACAUCUAAACCUGUCCCUGGAGAUGGCUUCUCUCGGCCCACUAAGGACUCUAUGAUCCGCAAGUUUUUAGAAGGGAACAGCAUGGAAAGGGCUAAUUGGAAGAGAGAGCAGCACCAUCCUGGUGGGGAAGAAGAUGUUUAUCACAUGGUGGAUGAUGACGAAGCCUUUUCUGUGGACCUGGCCAGCAGGCCCCCUGUCCCAGUGCCCAGGCCAGAGGCCAGUGCUGUUGGCACUCAUCAGUUGCCGGACAAUGAACCGUACAUUUCUAAAGUUUUUGCAGAAAAAAGUCAAGAGCGGCCUGGAAAUCUCUAUGUUUCCUCAGAGAGCAUCAGAAAAGAGCCGCCCGUCAGGCCAUGGAGGGACAGGCCCCAGUCGAGCAUCUAUGACCCAUUUGCCGGGAUGAAAACACCAGGCCAGCGGCAGCUCAUUACCCUGCAGGAGCAGGUGAAGCUGGGCAUCGUCAACGUGGAUGAGGCCGUGCUGCACUUCAAAGAGUGGCAGCUCAACCAGAAGAGGCGAUCCGAGUCCUUUCGCUUCCAGCAGGAAAAUCUUAAACGGCUAAGAGAUAGCAUUACCCGAAGACAGAGGGAGAAGCAAAAAUCAGGAAAGCAAACAGACUUGGAGAUCACAGUCCCCAUUCGGCACUCACAGCACCUGCCUGGAAAAGUGGAGUUUGGAGUCUAUGAGAGCGGCCCCAGGAAAAGCGUCUUCCCCCCAAGGACAGAGCUGAGACGAGGAGACUGGAAAACGGACAGUACCUCCAGCACAGCGAGUAGCACAAGUAACCGAUCCAGCACACGGAGCCUCCUGAGUGUGAGCAGCGGGAUGGAGGGUGACAACGAGGACAAUGAAGUCCCCGAAGUUACUAGAAGUCGUAGUCCGGGCCCCACACAAAUGGAUGGACCACUUACUAUUCCCCUUGAGAGGCCUCCCAGGGUACCUCCUCGAGCUGCCUCCCAGAGACCACCAGCCAGAGAGACCUUCCUUCCUCCUCCACCUGUUCCACCCAGAGGUCGCUGAUUCCGUCUCCUAAGACCUGCCUUUUUAAGACUUGCAAUUUCCAGCCUGUUAAUGAUGACUUCAUGUUGAGUUUUCUGGCAUGACUGCUGACUUUAAGAUCCAGUCUCAUUGCUGACAUUGUUGCAACCCUGCUGGCUUGGGUUAUCCUUGAAGAGGAAUGAAGAAGUGAAAACCAAGGACUUGAUUCACCAUCGUCAAGUAUUUUGAUCCUCUUUCUUAUUUGCCAAAAGGAUGAAGACUCAAUCAGGACACUUACCUCAAAUCUCUCAUAUCAGAAAUCUAACAAGAGUGAUCAGAAAUGUACUUUAUAAGUGACUAUAUGGCAGUGCACUUGUAUUAGUCCCUAUGUAUUUGCUAGUCCAGUCUAAUUUCUAAAGGGAGUAUAAGACUUUCAGUAUUCAAGUAAGAAAAGAAGUGACCUAAUUUAAAAUAAUUCUUCUACUUUCCUGUAUGUUCAGGAGUGUGUUUGAGUAGAAAUAGUCAUAUACAAACAACCUGAAAAAGACUUUGGAAAAAAAUUAGUCCUAAUUCUUCUUAUACAGAAGGCAAAUCUAGGGUCCUCUACAAGUCUAGAACCAAGAGUGCUUGGUUGGUUAGAAGAAGAGGAAGGUUUAGAAUCUGGGUCUGCUGAUUCUAGGUUACUACACUCUCCAUCCAAAAGGACAGUCCCUCUUUCCUUCAAGAAAUGCCUAAUUGUAGAAAUUCGCCAGCAACUGAUUAUUGGCAUUCUAGAAGCUUUUCUCUUCCAUAUCUCCAAGGCAUGGAACUACCAAGUAGCUCUUCCAGUUUAGAAAUUUAUAUUUUCAAAACAGUGAUGUUUGUCAGGGAACCACUGAAAGUGGUUAGAACCUGAAGCUUGGGAUUCCAGGGAGCCCAUUUCUUGUUCUCUUGUCUUCCUAAGUCUUAGUUCUGGCUAUAAAGAGAUAGGAAGAACCUUGGCUUCCCCCCACCCCACACACACUGCUGAAGAGUCUAAAGAGGGAGAAAGAAUCUAAAAUAGUAAUAGUUGUCUAUUUUCUUCCAGACUUAUUAUUAAACCAGGCUUGGUAAAUCUGUUUGUGCAGAGAAAGUAGAGACUUAAAUAUGUCAUGAGUUUUGAGUCCCCAUCAAACAAGUAUACCUUUAAAGCUCACAUCCUUAAUGAUGCUUAAACAUUUAGUAAAAUCAGUAUCUUAACUGUUGCUUUAAAAAUAUCAGAAAUCUGGUGGUUUCAGACCAGACCAGAGAAUAGACUUAUUCUCCAAUCCCUCACAGAUAUAUAAAAAACACAUCAUUAAUGGGCCAUUUAAAUACAGUUUUAUCAGAUCUUUUUCUAAUAAUUAAAGGUUCUUUCUCAAUCUCA